GAUUGAUGAGAUGCCGGAAGCUGCGGUAAAAUCCUCCUCCAAUAAAUACCAAGUCUUCUUCUUUGGGACCCACGAAACGGCGUUCCUGGGGCCCAAGGACCUCUUCCCCUAUGAAGAAUGCAAGGAGAAGUUCGGGAAACCCAACAAACGGAAAGGGUUCAGCGAAGGGUUGUGGGAGAUCGAGAACAAUCCCACCGUCAAAGCCUCCGGUUACCAGCCCACCCAGAAGAAGACCUGUCCCGAGGACGCCGAGCCGGAGCGGGAGCCGGAGGGCGACGGGGAGAAGAAGGGCAACGCGGAGGGCAGCAGCGAUGAGGAGGGGAAGCUGGUGAUCGACGAGCAGUCCAAGGAGAAGAACGAGAAAGGCGGGAUCAAGCGGAAAGCGGAAGAUGCUUUGGAGGUAGGGGGGCGCCGAGAUGGGGAU